AUGGUGGUCAGACUACCUUUUCAUCUUCCUAAUCAACAACAAAUUGUAUAUGGCGAAGACGAUGUUCUGGACAAACCUUCUGUUGCUGCUUCAAAGUUCACAUCUUGGAUGGAGUGUAUUGCAAUUAAUAGUGAAGCACGCGAACUUACAUAUGUUGAAUUUCCUACAAAGUUUGUUUGGAUAUUAAAUGGUAGGUUUUGGAAACAAAGGAAAGUAGGAAAAGUCAUUGGUAGAAUUCAUUCGGUUUCACCUAAUCUUGGCGAAGCUUAUUUCUUAAGGAUUCUUUUAAAUACAGUUAAAGGUCCGACGUCAUUUGAUGAAAUUCGCACGGUAAAUGGUGAAACACAUUCUUCUUUUAGAGAUGCUUGUUAUGCACUCAUGCUAUUAGAUGAUGACAAGGAAUACAUCGAUGCAAUUAAAGAAGCAAGCCAUUUUGGAUCGGACUUAUCACUCAGUGAAGAUGAACUUAAGAACUUAACUUUGUUUGAAAUAGAACAAAUUUUACUUCGAAACAACUCCGCUCUCAAAAACUUCACAAAGAUGCCUUACCCAGAUGUUGAAUCAAUUUAUUCUUUAAACAAUCGACUUAUCACCGAGGAGCUAGAUUACAACAUUCCUGUUAUAAAGAAUGACUUUGAUCGUAUGUUUCUCGCAUUAACAAAUGAGCAACGUAGCAUUUUCCUUAACAUCAUGAGUGUUGUUAAAGAAAAUAAAGGAGGUGUCUUCUUUGUUUAUGGUUAUGGUGGAACGGGUAAAACUUUUCUAUGGAAGACAAUAUCUGCAGCAAUUAGAUCUGAUUGUCAUAUUGUUUUAAAUGUUGCUUCAAACGGUAUUGCUUCGUUAUUAUUGCCCUGUGGUAGAACAACACACUCUCGAUUUAUAAUUCCAUUUGAACUUACAGAGGAUUCUGUUUGUAAAAUAAAUCCAGAUGGUGAGUUGGCUAGCUUAUUAAGAAAACCCUCUUUGAUAAUCUGGGAUGAAGCACCUAUGGUCCAUAAGCAUGCAUUUGAAGCUUUAGAUCGAGCUUUGAAAGAUGUAUUAAGAUCGUAUCACCUGGCGUCGUCAAUUCACUAUAAUUCACUUAAUCCAGCCAUGGAUGCUCGGAAGAGAGGGAGACCUCAAUCUAAUGCCAAUAGCGUUGCAGAGAAAUCCAAGUCAGGUAUGACGAGUCAAAGUAGAAAUUAUCGUGCUUGGACAAAUAUUGAAGAAACCAAACUUGUAGAGGCUUUAGUUAGUAUGGUGAAUACAGGAGGAUUUAGAGCAGAUCAAGGCUUCAAACGAUCAAGUUUGGGAAUCAUAUCUUCAGGUUCAUAAAGGGGCAUCAAAAUGGAGGAACAAAACAUUCCCUUACUAUGAAAAACUGUGUGUUGUUUUUGGAAAAGAUCGAAUUGAAGGAAAUACAGUUAGAGAUUUAGUCGAGAUGGAAGAGGAGGCAAACAUAGAAGAACAAACACAACAUUUGGGUAACGAUUCCAAUGACAUGACAUCGAGUCAUAUUCCACCUAUGAAUGUGAACAAUAUGCAAUAUGAAGAAACUUCAAGUGUGCGUAAUAACAAGAGAAAAGGGAGAGUGGAUCUUAUGGUUAAGGGAUUUAAUGAUGCAGUUACAUGUCUUGCAGACACUAUGGGGAAAAUAGCAAAUACAAUUAAUAAAGAUAUUGAACGAGAAGAGGAACUUGAUAAAAAACGUUGUAUGAUUACCUGUGAGAUUUCAAAAAUGGAGUCGUUGAUUCGAUCGGAAAAGUUUAAAGCAAUUACAAAGAUACGAGAGGAGGAUGAAAGAGUGAAUAUUUUUUGGGAUUUGCAAGAAACGGAAAGAGAGGAUUAUGUGAAAUGGGUUUUGGAAGAAUGAAGGGAAUUGGUGAUUAAAUAUUGUUGAUUUAGGUUAUUGGUUAGUUUACAAAUUAUAAUUGAGGAAGGGGGAUUUGUAAGUAUUUGUUCAUAGUAUAUACUUAGUUUUAUUUUGUGUCUAGUAUGCAUUCAUUUGUGAACUGAU